GCCGUCAAGGGCGCCGCCGCCAUCCUCAACUUCCCGGAGAUAUCCGACCUGCUGCCCCGCCCCGCCACCUCCUCGCCGCAGGACGUUCAGGCGGCCGCCACCAAGGCCGCGCAGAUGGACCACCUGGAGCUGGGAGAGAUUGUGGAGCUGCCGCGGCUAUGUGAAGGGGAUGAGGAAUGGGAAUGGGAAUGGGAUUGCUAUUUCAAUCAACCGAGUCUCCAUAGUUUAGAGGAUGAUUCAAUGCUCAUUGAUGAUUUCAUGUCUCCCAGUUUUCAAGGCCUCUUCUCGAAUCAUCUUUUCUGUUAAUGUCUCUUUUCUUCCAAUUUUGAGUUUUUAUUUGCCUACUCAUCUCCUCCUCUUCUUUUCCUCAUUAUACUACUCUUUAUGUACACAAAGUGUGAAGCAAAAUAGUCAAUGCCAACUCUAUUUCUGUUUCUUCA